AUGUGUCGACAGGUGAAACAAAGCUGCAAGGAGAUUGGCCAAAAUAUAUCGGAGAGACUGAAGCUGUAUAUCAAGGCCUUUAGUGCUGAUGAUGCCACGUCAGCAACCACGUCGAUUUCUCAGGCCAGAUUAUUGGCUCCCCCUUCCUCCAAGCUUUACCAAACCAUUAAACGCUACCAACCAAGCAUGAAAUGGGAGAGGCUUCCGUUCAAGCUGUGCAGAUCGCAACACUUCAACGAGAACACAGGAGAUAAACUACAAAACAUGGAAAUCGCUCUAAGAGGAAUGGAAAUGGCUUUAACCAACACGUCUUCUUUUCCGGCGACAUUACUUGCCGGAGAAGUAAAAGACGGCUUGAUAAAGAUACAAGAAGGCGUCACUCUCACCAUCAAACGGAUAAAUAACUGUCUGCAGCCGUCCGUAAACCCAGAAUCUGAUCCCGACAACGCCUCCGGGUGCCUCCAAACACUUCAAGAAUUCCCGGGCAAGCAUCAAGAUUUGCCUUUUUACUUCUUCUUGUUCUGUCUGAAGCUCCUCGAGAAUAUAUCAAUGGCUGAACCGGAGAACGACGAGGACAAGAAACCAGAAUCUUCUUUGGAAGAGGACAAAAGUUGGUUCAGCAUAAACUGGAGAAGCGCUUUGGGCAGCAAGAGGAUGAUGCCGGCGAUUAAGCUGUCGCUUUCUUUAGGAUUGGCUGUUUUGUUCGGUUCGAUGUACAGUAAACCAAACGGUUACUGGUCCGGUUUACCUGUUGCCAUCAGCUUUGCUGCUGCGAGAGAGGCGACUUUCAAGGUGGCAAACGUUAAGGCUCAAGGUACAGUGAUAGGGACAGUGUAUGGAGUCAUGGGAUGUUUUGUCUUUGAGAGGUUUUUGCCAAUAAGGUUCCUGUCUUUGCUACCUUGGUUCGUCUUCUCGAGCUUCUUGGGUAAGAGCCGAAUGUAUGGACAAGCCGGGGCAAUCUCGGCUGCGAUUGGAGCUGUUCUUAUCCUCGGGAGAAAGAAUUUUGGACCACCGAGCGAGUUUGCCAUCGCGAGAAUUGUCGAGACUUUUAUCGGCUUGUCAUGUUCGAUCAUGAUUGAGCUCAUCUUGCAGCCCACAAGGGGUUCAACUCUCGCAAAACUCACGCUUUCUAGAAGCUUCCAUGCAUUACACGAGUGUGCAAGCCUGUUCGGGGAGAAAGGGGGUAAGGCAGAGAUAAUCCGGAGCCAGAAAAAGGUGAAAACCCAUUUGAUUGAGCUCAAGAAAUUCACUGAAGAAGCCCAAGCCGAGCCGAGUUUCUGGUUCUUGCCCUUCAACUGUUCUUGCUAUGACAAGUUAUUCCGUUCGCUUUCCGAAAUGGCUGAUCUGUUGCAAUUCAGCGCUCACGCAAUAGGGUUUCUUGGAGCACAAGAAACGGACAGGCUUCAGAGUAAAAAGGUUUUGAUUGAAGCGGAAGAAGACCUGAAGAAUCUGACAGAGUCCAUAGCUUCUGUCGCUAAAUCUUUCGAGGAGAUUAUUCUUCUGAAGUCGAUAAACGCACUGGAAAACGCGCUGGUCGAGAACAAUGUCUCUUGGGACAUCGAGGUGGGGAAGACCAAGAACCCUAGUUUUUCAAGAGCCGAGAAUGAUACGGAUAAGGUCUUGGGGUCGUAUCUCCGGCGUGAAGGAGAAGUGGAAGAGGUUGACAAGAGUGACGCGGUGCUGGGUUUGGGUGCGUUGGGGUUUUGCAUGGAGAGAAUGGUGAAGGAGAUGAGAGAGAUCGAAGAGAGGAUCAAAGAGCUCGUGCAAUGGGAGAACCCUUCGAGCCACGUUGAUUUGCAUGAAAUCUCAUGCAAAAUACGUUCUUUGUACAAAUGAUGAUGAAUUGUUUGCAAUAAACGUUGAAGUUUAUAAC